AGGAAAAGCGACUGCGCAUGCUCCAGGAAAUAGGUGCGGGUAGGGCCAAGGACGACCCCGCAGUGCGGAAGGCGGCAGCGCAUCUGCGUCAGGACGGAAGCGUGAAAGGGGAGCCGUAGGGAGGGGCCAAUUUCAACUGCGUCACAACCGAAUUCGGCCACACAAUUGCGUUUUUGCUGAACCAGCCACUACGACUCUUAGAUCCCACUCUUACAGUUUGUACUUUAAGCAAUUUUGAAGUCGAUUUUGACCGCGAUCCUCUCACUGCGCAUGCGCUGGUCCGAUUCUACCAACCCUUGGUGAGAAAUGAUCUCGACGGCGGAAGUGGUGGAAGCAGAGGAAAGGGAGGUGCUAGGCCGCUAGGUCAAGCGCACGCGUUCGGAGGCCAGGAAGGAGGCGGAAGAGGGUGCCCGGGGGAAGAGACUGAGCGAAGGAUAAGGCAGGAUAGCCAAUCAGCUGGUUUGAAUUUUCUCGGAGAAAGACGGGCCGGCCACGAGGAGAAAAGAAACAAGCCGCAGCAACAUCUAAGCCCUUGAAAGGAUCCUGAGAGAGGGGGGAAAGGGAAAACAGCAGCCACCAGCCCAACCACUUGUGUCUUCUGCCCCUUCCCACCUAUCUUGCCCACCCCACCAGCCCACGCUGCCUGGGACUUGAAAUCUGUGGCCGAAGGACCGUCACCACAUAACUUCAAAAAUAAUCAACCACCCUCCCUUCCCAAACCCACCCAAAUUCACUCAUCCAGCGUUUACUUUUUUUAAUCCACUCAGAACUUUUUUUCUAAGACCCCCCUCCCUACAUGGAGUUGGGUGGGGGGGGAAAUGAAUACUGAGUUGGCCUUUAUUUUUUUUAAGGAGACUUUUUGAUCCAAUGAGGCCCCCCAAAUAAUUGAGUUUUGGGUCCUGGUUGGUUGUUUUAUUUUUUUUCUCCAAAAUUUUAACCCCCUCCCCCCCUGAGCCCGAGGUGCUGACGUCGCAAAAAAAUUGGAUAAAAACCUCGAUCAUGGGUUCGGGUCCCAUAGACCCCAAAGAGCUUCUCAAGGGCCUGGAUAGCUUCCUUAACCGAGAUGGGGAAGUCAAGAGUGUGGAUGGGAUUUCGAAGAUCUUCAGUCUGAUGAAGGAAGCACGAAAGAUGGUGAGUCGAUGCACUUACUUGAACAUUCUCCUGCAGACCCGUUCACCAGAAAUAUUGGUCAAGUUUAUUGAUGUUGGUGGUUACAAGCUUCUUAACAAUUGGCUGACAUAUUCAAAGACAACCAACAACAUUCCCCUCUUGCAGCAAAUUCUCCUGACCCUGCAGCACCUACCACUCACUGUUGACCAUCUCAAGCAGAACAACACAGCCAAACUGGUGAAGCAGCUGAGCAAGUCAAGUGAGGAUGAAGAGCUCCGGAAAUUGGCCUCAGUCCUUGUCAGCGACUGGAUGGCAGUGAUCCGCUCCCAGAGCAGUACCCAGCCUGCUGAGAAAGAUAAGAAGAAACGGAAAGAAGAGGGAAAGAGUCGAACCACCCCUCCUGAGCGACCGUUGACUGAGGUGAAGGCUGAGACUCGGGCCGAGGAGGCCCCGGAGAAGAAGAGGGAGAAGCCCAAGUCCCUCCGAACCACGGCGCCCAGUCACGCCAAGUUCCGCUCUACUGGACUAGAGCUGGAGACCCCGUCUUUGGUGCCUGUGAAGAAGAAUGCCAGUGCAGUGGUGGUUUCUGACAAGUACAACCUUAAACCCAUCCCCCUCAAGCGUCAGAGUUCCAUAGCUGCCGCAGGAGAUGCUGUGCCCCCUGCAGAGAAGAAAUACAAGCCACUCAACACAACACCCAAUGCCACCAAAGAGAUCAAAGUGAAGAUCAUCCCGCCACAGCCUAUGGAGGGCCUGGGCUUUCUGGAUGCGCUCAAUUCAGCCCCUGUUCCAGGCAUCAAAAUUAAGAAGAAGAAGAAGGUGCUGUCACCCACAGCUGCCAAGCCAAGCCCAUUUGAAGGGAAACCGAGCACAGAACCGAGCACAGCCAAACCUUCUUCCCCAGAGCCAGCACCUCCUUCUGAGGCUAUGGACACAGAACGUCCAGGGACCCCAGUUCCCCCUGUUGAAGUCCCAGAGCUCAUGGAUACUGCCUCUUUGGAGCCAGGAGCUCUGGAUGCAAAGCCAGUGGAGAGUCCCGGAGAUCCUAGCCAGCUGACCCGGAAAGGCAGGAAGAGGAAAGCUGUGACCUGGCCUGAGGAGGGCAAACUGAGAGAGUAUUUCUAUUUUGAACUGGAUGAAACUGAACGAGUGAAUGUGAAUAAGAUCAAGGACUUUGGCGAGGCAGCUAAGCGAGAGAUACUGUCAGACCGACACGCGUUUGAGACGGCCCGGCGUCUGAGCCACGACAACAUGGAGGAGAAGGUGCCCUGGGUGUGCCCCCGGCCCCUGGUGCUGCCCUCGCCUCUUGUCACCCCUGGAAGCAACAGCCAGGAGCGGUACAUCCAGGCUGAGCGGGAGAAGGGGAUCCUUCAGGAGCUCUUCCUGAACAAGGAAAGUCCUCACGAGCCUGAUCCUGAGCCCUAUGAGCCUAUCCCCCCAAAACUCAUCCCCCUAGAUGAGGAAUGUUCCAUGGAUGAGACCCCGUAUGUUGAGACCCUGGAGCCUGGGGGAACCGGUGGCUCACCCGAUGGGGCGGGCGGUUCCAAGUUGCCUCCUGUUCUGGCCAAUCUUAUGGGAAGCAUGGGUGCCGGGAAGAGCCCCCAGGGUCCUGGAGGAGGAGGCAUCAAUGUGCAGGAGAUCCUCACCUCCAUCAUGGGUAGCCCUAACAGUCAUCCCUCAGAGGAACUGCUGAAGCAACCGGACUAUUCAGACAAGAUCAAGCAGAUGCUGGUGCCUCAUGGACUCUUAGGCCCUGGUCCCAUAGCCAAUGGUUUCCCACCGGGAGGCCCUGGGGGCCCCAAGGGCAUGCAGCACUUCCCCCCUGGGCCUGGCGGACCUAUGCCAGGUCCCCAUGGGGGCCCUGGGGGCCCUGGUGGGCCAGUGGGUCCACGUCUCCUGGGUCCCCCACCCCCUCCCCGGGGGGGUGAUCCCUUCUGGGAUGGCCCAGGUGACCCCAUGCGGGGUGGCCCGAUGCGUGGGGGACCAGGUCCGGGGCCAUACCAUAGAGGCCGUGGUGGCCGAGGCGGGAGUGAACCACCUCCUCCUCCUCCUCCAUUCCGAGGGGCCAGAGGAGGUCGCUCUGGAGGAGGACCUCCAAAUGGACGAGGGGGCCCUGGUGGGGGCAUGGUCGGAGGUGGUGGGCAUCGUCCCCAUGAAGGCCCUGGUGGAGGCAUGAGCAGUGGCAGCGGACAUCGUCCCCAUGAAGGCCCUGGCAGUGGCAUGGGCGGUGGGCAUCGCCCCCACGAAGGCCCUGGCGGUGGCAUGGGUGGUGGCAGUGGCCAUCGUCCUCAUGAAGGCCCUGGUGGAGGAAUGGGUGCUGGUGGUGGACAUCGGCCCCACGAAGGCCCUGGACAUGGGGGGCCCCAUGGCCACCGGCCUCAUGAUGGCCCUGGUCACCGAGGCCACGACCAUCGAGGGCCACCCCCUCACGAGCACCGUGGCCAUGACGGCCCUGGCCAUGGCGGAGGGGGCCACCGAGGGCAUGAUGGAGGCCACAGCCAUGGAGGAGACAUGUCAAAUCGCCCUGUUUGUCGACAUUUCAUGAUGAAGGGUAACUGCCGCUAUGAGAACAACUGUGCCUUCUACCACCCGGGUGUCAAUGGCCCCCCCCUGCCCUAGGGACCACCUGCCCGCCCCGCCCACACUCCUGUGGACUGCAGCCUUGCUCCUUCCACCCUUUUAUGGCUUCUGUGAGGCCCAUUUUCCCCUUUCCCCAGCUGAUGAGGAGCCGGCCCCCUCAGUGCCCACCUGCCUGGGUUCCUGGGGGUUUUCUGAUCACUGGUGCACAUUGAUGUACAUAUUUUCCUCCAGUAUGGGGAGGAGAGAGACUGGACACAUUCUGUACCCUGGACUGCUGAAGAGGAGACCCGGUUGGCUUCACUUUUUGAGAUUUGCCCUUUAUGCCAAGCGCCUCUCCGGUAUUACCCUUUAUGCCUGAGAACCUAAAGCUGGUUAUCCUGGAGAACACCUCUACUCUCCUCUUGUGGGUCCUCCACAUGCACACAGAACUCUGACACGGGAUCAGCUGCACUUAUGAAAUCAUCCCCGCCAAAUUCAUGCUUCCUCGUGGGGUGGGGAGAUGGUGAAAGGGGUAUUGUGUAUCCCACUGCACUGAGAGGACUCAAAUCAGGCUGGAUUUGAGUUCUGGAACACAUCAUCCCCACCCCUCCCCUGACACAGGCUUUACAUUGAGUCCUUACUCAAGUAAGACGUUGCAAUCUUCCGUGAACACCCAAGUUUGCAUCAUGGGUAUGCUAGGUUCAAUGAUGGCAAAUUCACAUCGGCAUCCGGUGAAAAGUUUUAGCUGGCAUAGGUGAGGCCACUGGUGGUGGUCCACCCUUGCCUGCAGCUCAUUCUGGAAAUUAAAACACUUCAGUGAGACCAGCUUUUCAACUGAAGCCCGGUGUGCUGGGCAUGCCAGUCACACUACAUGCACUGCCUCUGGGAGUUAGCGUGCUCCUGGCCCCCAUCUGGAACCUUGUGGGUGUGAGGCCUCCAGCUCCCUUGUCCUGUCAGCCACCUCUGAGUCCCCACCAGGUGCCUUCCUGGGUGGAUUCGAUAAGAUGACCUGCCCUCUCCCAGCCCUCUCCUUCACCUGUCUCAGCAUCAGUUGUUUUCUAUGAAAACAGUGGAUUGGUUGGGUUUUGUGCAGGGUCUUGGGUUAGAGCCACAAUGGAUUUGAGGAUGAGUAUUUUCUUUUUUCUUUUGGUUUUGUAUAUUUUGUACAUUAAUAAUAAACAGUGGAAAGAGAAGUAUUUAA